AUGUUCUUCAACCUUGUCUACAGAAGAUCACUACUUCCUCAUAAUGUUAAGAAGUCAGCAAUUUUAUCAUGCCCUCCUUACAAGAUUCAUGGUUGCAAGAGAUGUGAAGUAAAUGAUUGUGAAUGCAUUUUAGGCUUAAUUAAAAGACCAUGGCUUAUAGCGGGAUUUCAAGUAAUGUCAGAUAAAAGUAUUAUCAAGAACCUUAUGAAGAUGGAUAAGAAGUAUUCAGAUUUGAGUAUAAAUAAAUGCAGAGGAACAGCUAGAGACAAGGUUAAUCAAGGGGAGUUUAUUUCAUUUUUGAAAAAGCUGUUUUGGAUUGGUUCUACAGAUUUAAAGAACCAAAUUAGGAAGGAUAAAAAACGCUCAGAUAAAGAUAAGAACGAUGAUUUAACUUUUUUGGAAGACCAGGAAGGACCGAGAUAUUUUAGUUUGGGAUCAGAAAAUAGAAAAUUUAGCAAAAAGGUUUCUGAAGGUGUGAGGAAGAGGACAAGGCUAGAAGACGAAUCUCCUAAGAUUGAUGCUACCUCAGAAUUAGACUUAAGUUUCACUGACACUAGCGCUGAUUCUGAUUCAGAAUUUGAACCCAAAGUUUGGCAUCAUAGAAGAGCAGAUGAUUGCAACAUUACUGCCAAAGUCCCUAAGAAAUUUUUUGAUGGAAAAUGUAUCUAUCAUAGCUACAGCAAAUGA